UUGCUGAUCCCCCCAGCUCUCUCUGACCGUGGAAUCCUGGGGCCCAUCCCAAGUACCUGUCCUUCUGGGGACUCUGAGCCAGGUUGCCUGCUGGUAGAAGCCACAGCUACUGAAGGCCCAGGAAAUAUGGAGAUCAUUGUGGAAACAGUACCUGGAACCUUAACCUCAGGAGCUCCUGGAGAGAGCCCAGCAUCAGCGAAGCCAUGGGCCUGGGACACAGGGAGAACUUUCUGCUGUCCAGGGACUCCCAUCCCAGGAGCAACUGCCAGGUAUGAGACCCAGUCCCCUACCUGGGAUGUAGCAGUUGAUCUUACAGGACAGACAUUCGUUUCCAGGACCAUGAUUGUGCAUGAGUAUUGAGAAGGCUAGAGAGUAAUUUAGGACAGAAUUACUGGAUGGGAUCAGAAGGCAUCUAGAAACCUUGAGCCAGUCAGGAUAUUUGGGACACAGAAUAAGUCUUUGUCCAUGACACUGAGUGACAUAUGACUUACACUGUAUGUGGCCUGAAGUUACUUAAGCAACAUUCUCUACUGACUCAUUGUAGGACUUGACUUUAUGAGGGCAGAAGUAAAAGUGAGUGGUAUACAAAAUGCUUAGCCUCCCCUUAGAGCAAGAGGGAUUGGGCAGGAAAAGCUGGGAUUAUUCUAAAAGGAAACCUUCCAGGGAGGUGGUGCUUUAUUGAUUCUUACUCCUCUUGGUCUCAGAAAACAACAAAUACCCCAGCAAGGGGUGAGUGAGUAGAAGAGCAGGAGGAACAAAGAAAACAGGCCAGAAGAAGACAGCAUUGUGAUGAAAGAACUUGGCUUGCUGAGACCUACUUGAGCUCUUAUUCCUAAAGGGAAGAUCUUUUUCCUGGAAACUAGUCAUACCUCUUUGCCUUACCAAGGCAGCUAUUGGAGGGUAAAAGAUAGAUUUGAGGGGUAAGGUGUGACACUGGCUACUGAGAUAGGCUUCUCAGAAGAAUGGUUGAGCAAUCAGAGUGUGUUCACCUGCCCUGAAUGAGCUGAGUCACUCGCCCUGGGAGCCUGGGCCACCAAAGUGCAGUCUGCUUUCCUCUACCUCUCAGACCUACCCCUGUCCCAGUGGCCUUAAAGCUGACACCUGAAAGAGGCUCUGGCUAGUGUUUUCUGAGGUUUGAUUUACUUUAGACUGAAUCGUUAUGGAUAGCUUAGCUCCUGGUCCUCAUUCUUGAGUGGGAAUACAUUUAUUUACAUAAGACCCAAGAUUUCCUUCUACUAAAAGAGGAGGAGGAUGAUUCUACUAGCCAGUGAAUGGAAAAGUUCAUGCUUUCAGUCAUUGACUGUCUGAACUUCAUCAAGAUUUAUGUAUCUCCAGCUCCCAAACUGCCUCCAGCAAAGGGAGACCCUUUGGAAGAAGCUGGUCCAUCUUUGCCUGGGCAGGAGUCAGCUGAGGAGGAAGAAUUAGAAGAAAAGGAGGAGACUGGCACCCAGAAAGACCCCCAGAAAGCCUUAGAUAAAGGCCAGCAGGCUCAGCAGUUGGAAGGAGAUGUGUCUUCUGGUCCCGAGUCUCUCUUCAAGACACACAUGUGUCCUGAGUGCAAGCGCUGCUUUAAGAAGCGGACCCACCUAGUGGAACACCUGCAUCUCCACUUCCCAGAUCCCAGCCUUCAGUGCCCCAACUGCCAGAAGUUCUUCACCAGCAAGAGCAAAUUGAAGACCCAUCUACUUCGGGAGCUGGGCGAGAAGACCCACCGCUGCCCGCUGUGCCACUAUAGUGCAGUGGAGAAGAAUGCACUCAACCGCCACAUGGCCAGCAUGCACGAGGACAUUUCCAACUUUUACUCAGACACCUAUGUCUGUCCUGUGUGCCGCGAGGAGUUCCGCCUCAGCCAGGCCCUCAAGGAGCACCUCAAGAACCACACAGCAGCGGCUGCAGCAGAGCCGUCUCGUCUACCCUGCUUUCAGGAGGGCUGCAGCUAUGCAGCCCCUGACCGCAAGGUGUUCAUAAAGCACCUGAAGGACAUCCACGGGGUGCGGGCCGUGGAGUGCCGCCAUCACUCAUGUCCCAUGCUCUUUGCCACAGUUGAAGCAAUGGAGGCCCACCACAAAAGCCACUAUGCCUUCCACUGCCCACACUGUGACUUUGCCUGCUCCAACAAACACUUGUUCCGCAAGCACAAGAAGCAAGGUCACCCGGGCAGUGAGGAGCUGCGCUGCACCUUCUGCCCCUUUGCCACUUUCAACCCGGUAUCCUACCAGGACCAUGUAGGCAAGAUGCAUGCUCAUGAGAAGAUCCACCAGUGCCCCGAGUGCAGCUUUGCCACUGCCCACAAGAGGGUGCUCAUCCGACACAUGCUGCUGCAUACUGGUGAGAAACCUCACAAGUGUGAGCUGUGUGACUUUACCUGCCGAGACGUGAGCUACCUGUCCAAGCACAUGCUGACCCACUCCAACACCAAGGAUUACAUGUGCACCGAAUGUGGCUAUGUUACCAAGUGGAAGCAUUACCUCAGUGUGCACAUGAGAAAACACGCAGGUGACCUCAGGUACCAGUGCAACCAGUGCUCCUAUCGCUGCCAUCGGGCUGAUCAGCUGAGCAGCCACAAGCUGCGACACCAGGGCAAGUCCCUGAUGUGUGAGGUGUGCGCCUUUGCCUGCAAGAGGAAGUAUGAGCUACAGAAACACAUGGCUUCCCAGCACCACCCUGGCACACCAGCCCCACUCUACCCCUGCCGCUAUUGCAGCUACCAGAGCCGCCACAAACAGGCUCUGCUGAGCCAUGAGAACUGCAAGCACACCCAUCUCCGUGAGUUCCGCUGUGCCCUCUGUGACUACUGCACCUUCAGCAACACCACUCUCUUCUUCCACAAGCGUAAGGCCCAUGGCUACGUGCCUGGGGACCAGGUCUGGCAGCUUCGUGAUGCUAGCCAAGAGCCAGAAGGGGCCAGACAGUGCUUGGCACCCGCACCAGACUCAGAGUCCUCAAGCCAGCUGUCUGCCCAGGCUGAGGGCCCCAGCCACGAACCUGGGACUGUGGUGGAUCCCAGCUUAGACCAGGCCCUGCCGGACAUCAGUGAGGAGGGUAGCACCAGGAGACAGGAUGACAGCGAGGUCCUCCAUGGGGAUGAACUGGUCGGCAGUCCCAGCCCAGCAGAAGUGGAGGAGGGCAGCUGUACACUGCACUUAGAGGCCCUGGGAGUGGAGCUGGACCCUGUGGCUCAGCCACCCCUUGAACUCAGUGAAACAGUCCCUCUGGUGUUGAAGCCCCUGGAUUCCUCUGGACCGCUGGAACUGGAAGGGCCAAUGGCAUCCAGCUUUGAAGGUGUUGGGACUGCUGGCUUGGGUGCUGAAGAACCUGUUCUGGAGAAACCAGUCCCUGAGCCCCCCAGAACUGCUCUAUCCUCAGAGGAGGUCCCUAACAGCUGGAUAGAAAACUUCAAGGCAACUCCAUCUGCUGAGAUGGCACCCUCGCCUCCAUUUCCUGAGUCAGAGUCACUACUCAAGGCUCUGAGGAGACGGGACAAAGAACAAGCAGAAGCAUUGGUGCUGGAGGGGCGGGUGCAGAUGGUAGUGAUCCAGGGAGAGGGCCAAGCCUUCCGCUGCCCACACUGCCCUUUUAUCACUCGCCGGGAAAAAGCCCUAAAGCUGCACUCUAGAACAGGAUGCCAGGGCCGUCGGGAGCCCUUGCUGUGCCCUGAGUGUGGGGCUAGCUUUAAGCAGCAACGUGGCCUCAGCACCCACCUACUCAAGAAGUGCCCUGUUCUGCUUAGAAAAAACAAAGGCUUGCCCAGACCAGAUUCUCCCAUCCCUGUGCCCCCUCAGCACUUGGGCACACAGGCUUCUGAGGAUGCGGAAGGCAGGAAGCCCUCUCCUGCACCUCUGGAAGAAGAGCUACUGUUUCCAAAAGAUGCUCUUUCCAAGCUUCCCAGGGGGCCAGGAGGAGGAGCAGAGCCUCUCACCACGCCCUCUGACUUCCUGGCCCUUUCUGCAGGGAGCUCCUCACCCACAGAGACCCUUGAGAAGUUCCACUUUGAGCAGGGCAAGUUUCAUUGCAACUCCUGCACCUUCCUUUGCUCCCGGCUCUCCUCUAUUACCUCUCAUGUGGCCGAAGGCUGCCGGGGAGGGCGUGGCCGGGGAGGAAAGCAGGGGACCUACCUGAGCAACGGGAGCUCUGCUCCCCUGAGUGAUGAAAGUGGAAGUAUUGAGCUCAGCCCUGGAGAUGGGGUCACAGCUUCAGCAGCUCAGAAACAAAAUGUGACCCUCUUUUCCUGCCCCACGUGUUCCUUCAGCUGCCAGCAGGAACGAGCCCUGAGGACUCACCAGACCCAGGGCUGUCCCCUUGGGCAGUCUGGAGAGUUGCAGUGUGACCUCUGUCCAUUCACUGCCCCCACAGCUGCUGCCCUGGGACUCCACCAGAAGCAGAAGCAUCCCGCUGCAGCCCUAGCCCGCGGCCCAAGGCCCUCUCUACAGUGUGGGGAUUGUGGCUUCACCUGUAAACAGAGCCGAUGCCUGCAGCAGCACCGGCGGCUUAAGCAUGAGGGCGUGAAGCCGCAUCAGUGCCCUUUUUGUGACUUUUCCACCACCAGGCGCUAUCGGUUAGAAGCUCACCAGUCCCGACACACGGGCAUUGGCCGCAUCCCAUGCAGCUCCUGCUCUCAGACAUUUGGUACCAACUCAAAACUGCGCUUGCACCGGCUAAGAGUACAUGACAAGACACCCACUCACUUUUGCCCACUCUGUGACUAUAGUGGCUAUCUUCGCCACGACAUCACUCGCCAUGUCAACAGCUGCCACCAAGGCACCCCAGCCUUUGCCUGCUCCCAGUGUGAUGCGCAGUUCAGCUCAGAGACAGCACUGAAGCAACAUGCUCUACGCCGACACCCUGAGCCCACACACUCUGCUCCUGGCUCCCCUGCCGAGGCCACUGAAGGACCUCUGCAGUGCUCCCACUGUGGGCUGCUCUGCCCCAGCCCUGCCAGCCUUCGAGGACACACCCGUAAACAGCACCCACGGCUGGAGUGUGGGGCUUGCCAGGAGGCCUUCCCUAGCCGGCCUGCAUUGGAUGAGCAUCGGAGGCAGCAGCAUUUCAGCCACCGCUGCCAGCUGUGUGACUUUGCUGCCCGGGAGCGAGUGGGCUUGGUAAAGCACUACCUGGAACAGCAUGAGGAGACUUCAGCAGCGACAGCGGCUUCCAAUGGGGAUGGAGACACUGGCCAGCCUCCUUUGCACUGUCCUUUUUGUGACUUUGCAUGUCACCAUCAGCUGGUGCUAGAUCACCAUGUGAAAGGGCAUGGAGGCACCCGACUCUACAAAUGUACAGACUGUGCUUACAGCACCAAGAACCGGCAGAAAAUCACCUGGCACAGCCGUAUCCACACAGGGGAAAAGCCUUACCGCUGUCACCUCUGCUCCUAUGCCUGUGCUGAUCCCUCUCGCCUCAAGUACCACAUGCGGAUCCAUAAGGAGGAACGGAAGUACCUAUGCCCUGAGUGUGGUUACAAGUGCAAGUGGGUCAACCAGCUCAAGUACCACAUGACCAAGCACACAGGACUGAAACCAUACCAGUGUCCUGAGUGUGAGUACUGCACCAACCGGGCUGAUGCACUGCGUGUGCACCGGGAGACGCGACAUCGGGAAGCACGGGCUUUCAUGUGUGAGCAGUGCGGCAAGGCCUUCAAGACGCGCUUCCUGCUGCGCACCCACCUUCGCAAGCACAGUGAAGCCAAACCUUAUGUGUGUAAUGUGUGCCACCGUGCUUUCCGCUGGGCUGCCGGUCUGCGCCAUCAUGCCCUCACCCAUACUGACCGCCACCCCUUCUUCUGCCGGCUGUGCAGCUACAAGGCCAAGCAGAAGUUCCAGGUGGUCAAGCAUGUGCGAAGGCACCACCCUGACCAGGCUGACCCGCACCAGGGUGUGGGCAAAGACCCCACCACCCCUACCGUGCAUCUGCAUGAUGUGAAGCUGGAGGACCCCAACCCUCCUGCUCCUGCCACUCCCUCCACUGGACCUGAGGGUUGAGCCUAGCCUGCCUCCCAGACAGGAGCUGAUGAUGGCCAAAGAUGGGGGUCAGAGCUAGCUUGAGGAGCUCAGGGCCUAAGAAAAAACUGGCUUUGAGGCCUCAGUGUAACUGUAACCCCUGUGAGACUCUUGUAGUACUUUGAAAUUAAUGGCUAUAUAAAAGAAAGACACAGACCAAAA